AUGCGUCAUGAAACUACUGAGGGGUUCGAGUGGGCUUUCAAAACUUUCGUCGACACGAUGAAUGGAAAGCAUCCAGUCACAAUAUUGACUGAUCAGUGCAAGGUGAUGGAAGGAGCAAUAGAAAACAUAUUGCCAAAUACGAAGCAUAGGUGGUGUAAGUGGCAUGUAUUGAGGUGCGCAAAGGAGAAGCUUGGCCCUGUAUACAGCAAGAAGAGUGGAUUCAAACAUGAGUUCCACAAAAUUAUAAAUGAUAUUAUUUGUGUCACAGAAUUUGAGGGAAAGUGGGCUGAACUUAUAGAUAAGUACAAUCUGAAGGAUAAUCCUUAUCUUGAGAAUCUAUAUAGCAAGCGGACCAUGUGGGCUAAACCAUACUUCUCCAGUGUGUUCUGUGCUGGGAUGACAAGUACUCAACGCAGCGAGAGCGCAAACCACCUGCUGAAACAGUACAUACCUCGUUCAUCACCUAUGCACCUAUUUGUCAAGCAGUACAACAAGCUACUCCAAUCACGCACAUCGGAUGAGGGCAGGCAGCAACACAUGACAAAGAUGAAACGUCGAAGACUCAACGGAGGGUUCCCCUUGGAAGCUGAUGCAGCCAAGAUAUAUACUAAGGGUGUGUUCAUUAAAUUUGAAGAGGAGCUUUAUCAAGCUGCAUCGUUUAUUAUAUCUAAUUGCAUAAGCAAUAUGGAAUUUGAGGUCACACGUGCCCGACCGGAUUACUUGCCUGAAUACGAGAUGAGGAGGUACAAGGUUCUGAUACGAAACGACAUACUCAAAAUCCCGAGUAAGAACAUCGUGAAGAGGUGGACCAAAAUGGCAAAGGAAGUGCAGCCUUCAAACCUUGCUCUGCCUCAUGCAUCGAUUCAGCCAGACGAUGCUUCAUACCGGCAAAAUAUCCUGUACAUUGCCGCUCUAGAAACGGUGAAGGAGACCUCCCUUUGCAAGGGCAUGCUUGACAAGACACUAAAAGUUUUUCAGGAACUGAGGACCGAAGCUAGACAUAUGCGAUUGCUGGAGGAGGAAAGCCAUAAUGAGCCGGGUGAAGGACGGUGUGAUGCAGAUAAUUUCAUUGCCAUCACGUCAUGUGAGCAGUUGCAUCCGCCAAAGCGAGUGAAAUCCAAAGGUAGGACAGCAACUGUAAGGAUGAAAUCAAGGAUGGAUUAUGUAUCACUCUUCCAGCAAAAGAGCAAGAAGGUUGAUAGUGUUUACAAUCAACCAAACUUUCUGUCAGAAAUCGGAAGAGACAACACCUCUAGCGACCAUCAUAAUGAUUUGAUAUCCCAAUACAAGAGGAAAGCUCGAAAGCUCCUGGCUUUCUGA